AUGGAAAUGGAGGUUUCUAAGAUUUUAGGAUAUUGUAAUUCGCGGCGGUUGGCAGUUGUUCCACAAGGUGGAAACACUGGACUUGUUGGUGGAAGUGUGCCGGUCUUCGAUGAGGUGAUUAUCAAUGUGGGUUCAAUGAAUAAGAUUAUAGCUUUUGACAAGGUGCAAAAGGAAGCUGCCAAAUUGGUGGAAAUGUUUCAACUAAUGCAGGUGGUUUGCGCCUUCUCCGUUAUGGCUCUCUUCAUGGGAAUGUACUUGGCUGUUUUGACAAAUGGUGAUGUUCUUGACAUGGUGGGGACAUUACGUAAAGAUAAUACAGGGUAUGACUUGAAGCAUUUGUUUAUAGGAAGUGAAGGUUCCUUGGGAAUUGUAACUAAAGUUUCGAUUCUUACUCCCCCAAAGCUUUCUUCAGUUAAUAUAGCUUUCCUUGCAUGUGAAGAUUAUCCGAGCUGCCAAAAACUUCUAUCAGAAGCGAAGAGGAAACUUGGAGAGGUUCUAUCUGCAUUUGAAUUUUUGGAUAGCCAUGCAAUGGAUUUGGUUCUAAACCAUUUAGAAGGUGUUCGGAAUCCAUUGCCUUCUUCAGCACACAACUUUUAUGUUCUGAUUGAGACAACAGGCAGUGAUGAAUCUUAUGACAGAGAAAAGCUUGAGGCAUUCCUACUUCGAUCAAUGGAAGCUGGCUUAAUUGCUGAUGGAGUUCUUGCUCAAGACAUAAAUCAAGCAUCCUCAUUUUGGCAAAUACGCGAGGGUAUCCCAGAAGCUUUGAUGAGAGCAGGGCCUGUAUACAAAUAUGAUUUAUCAAUACCAGUCGAAAAGAUGUACAACCUUGUUGAGGAAAUGCGAGUAAGACUGGGUCAAUCAGCCAAUGUGGUGGGAUAUGGUCAUCUUGGAGAUGGCAAUUUGCAUUUAAAUAUUUCAGCACCACGAUAUGAUGAUACAAUUUUAGCACAAAUUGAACCCUACGUAUAUGAGUGGACAUCUAAGCACCGAGGGAGUAUAAGUGCAGAGCAUGGCCUGGGAUUGAUGAAAGCCAAUAAGAUAUUCUACAGCAAGUCACAUGAAACUGUGCAAUUGAUGGCUUCUAUCAAGAAAUUGCUGGACCCCAAUGGAAUCCUUAACCCAUAUAAAGUUCUUCCACACUCCCUCUGCUCUUACAGCUAA